GGCUGUAUUGUGCAGGUAUAUCAGAGAGCCACCCCUGCUUGGUAGAGUUAUAAUGCUCUGAGGGUCAUCCUGCCCAGCAAGAAAGAUGGCCUGCCUGUCCUUUUGUAUUUGGAUGCCCUGAUGACCAUCCUAAAGAGACACCUCUAACUUCAGAAAUACCUAGGAUUGAAAAAAGACAAUGACACAAAACGCUUUCAUCCGCAUUCGUACUAGAUCUCUGUGUGAAGCAAACAUUUUAUUCCUUCUGCUCACAUGGUUGAGGGGAAGGCCAGGAAGAUAACAUCUGGAGAAAUCAAAGCAAGCAGUCACAGCAUGCCUUCCGAGCCCACUUGUUUGUAGAAAGAGUCCAGCUGCAGAACUGGAGUGUGACGCGAGACCCUGGUGCACUCUAUGCCAGGCAAGCACAGCCCAAAGUGCUGCCCUUUCCACCGCACCUGACGCCAAGGCCAGCUGUUCUGGUGAGAUAGGAAUAUAUUAAUUUCCUGGACACCUGGCACGAUAGAGAAAGAUUAACACACGACGAUAUGUGCAGAGACUGAGAUUUUUUCCCCAUGUGUUACAGAGAAAGGAUUGUUUGCACGCUAACAAGAGGCAGAGGCAAACUCAGAGAGAAUGAUGUUACAGUAAACACAACAUUGCGCCCCAGGGGCCUCUCUAAGUAUUUCCGGGCAGCAACAGGACCUUCCCUCACUAGAGGGGGGUGCAGUUUGAAGUUGGCCGAAUCAAGCACAAGCCUGGCCCAUAGGCUGGUCCCUUUCUUAAAGUCAGCUAACUUUCACCCUUCGACUCUCCGUCCUGAGCUGCACUGAGCUGGCUGCAGCCACUCGCAACAGCACUUGGGACAUUGUACUGGACUUAGGGCUGUAGCCUCCAGGAAUCAUGCCAUCAGUGGAUGAUAUUUUAGAGCAUAUAGGGGAAUUCCAUUUUUUCCAGAAACAAACAUUUUUCCUCUUAACGCUUCUCUCGGCUGCCUUCACCCCCAUCUAUGUGGGCAUCGUCUUCCUGGGCUUCACCCCCAACCACCGAUGCAGGAACUCCGGGGUGGCUGAGCUGAGCCAGCGAUGCGGCUGGAGCCAGGCCGAGGAGCUCAACUACACAGUGCCGGGCCUGGGGACUGCGGACGAGGCCUUCCUCAGCCAGUGCAUGCAGUAUGAGGUGGACUGGAACCAGAGCACCCUUAGCUGCGUGGACCCUCUGUCCAGCCUGCCUGGCAACGGGAGCCUCCUACCUCUGAGCCCCUGUCAGGAUGCCUGGGUAUAUGACACACCUGGCUCCUCCAUCGUCACCGAGUUCAACCUAGUGUGUGCCAACUCCUGGAUGCUGGACCUGUUUCAGUCAGUGGUGAAUGCAGGCUUUUUUAUUGGUGCUGUGGCCAUUGGCUACCUAGCAGACAGGUUCGGCCGUAAAAUCUGCCUCUUGGUCACAGUUCUCAUAAACGCCUCCUCGGGGGUUCUCAUGGCCAUUUCCCCAAACUACACAUGGAUGUUACUGUUCCGCUUGAUCCAAGGCCUGGUCAGCAAAGCGGGCUGGGUAAUCGGCUACAUCUUAAUUACAGAGUUUGUUGGACUGAGCUAUCGGAGAACAGUGGGGAUCUUUUACCAAGUCGCCUUCACCGUUGGGCUCCUGGUGCUAGCAGGGGUAGCGUACGCUCUUCCCCACUGGAGGUGGCUGCAGCUUGCCGUCACUCUGCCCAACUUCUGCUUCCUGCUCUAUUACUGGUGCAUCCCGGAGUCUCCCAGGUGGUUGAUCUCCCAGAACAAACCCGGGAAAGCCAUGAAGAUCAUGAAGCACAUCGCUAAGAAAAAUGGAAAGCCAAUGCCAGCCUCUCUUCAGGGUCUGAGAGCAGAUGAAGAAGUCGGUGAGAAGCAGAAUCCUUCAUUUCUUGACUUGGUCAGAACCCCUCAGAUAAGGAAACACACUUUGAUCUUGAUGUAUAACUGGUUCUCAAGCUCUAUCCUCUACCAAGGCCUUAUCAUGCACAUAGGCCUUGCCGGGGGCAAUAUCUACCUGGAUUUCUUCUAUUCUGCCCUGGUUGAAUUCCCAGCCGCCUUCAUUAUCAUCCUGACCAUCGACCGUGUUGGUCGCCGUUAUCCUUGGGCUGUGUCAAAUAUGGUAGCAGGGGUGGCCUGUCUCGCUUCAGUUUUCAUCCCUGAUGAUCUACACUGGCUAAAAAUCACCAUUGCCUGCUUAGGCAGGAUGGGGAUCACGAUGGCUUUCGAAAUGGUUUGCCUAGUCAGUGCUGAACUGUACCCCACAUUCAUUAGGAACCUCGGCGUGCUUGUCUGUUCCUCAGUGUGUGACAUCGGUGGCAUCUUCACGCCUUUCCUGGUCUACCGCCUCACAGAUAUCUGGCAGGAGCUCCCACUUUUGGUGUUUGCUGUGGUUGGCUUCGUGGCUGGGGGACUGGUGCUGCUGCUCCCAGAGACCAAAGGGAAGGCUCUGCCCGAGACCAUUGAGGAUGCUGAAGCCAUGCAGAGCACACCAAGAAAAUACAAAGAAAAUAUGAUUUUCCUUCAAGUAAAGAAACCAGACAAUCUACUAACCUAAGGAAAAAGACUAUGACUCCUGCUAUGGCCUUGCAUUGAGGCUGCCAAGACCAGAAGCAGAGAUUCCUUCCCUCACCACAAAGCCCAAGCAAUUCACCCCUAGCGACCCUUACACUCUGUCAGCCUAGAGCUACAGCCAGUGGAGCUUGUUCCUCUGUAAAAGUCACCCUACAGUCUGGACCCUACCAAGCCCUCCCAGCUCACAGAGUCCUCAGAACUCCCAGGCCAUUGGUUUGGCUUGAAGCUUUUCCCAUCUUUGUAUUUCUUUAUUUGGUUCCUUCCCCACAAUGACAUCAGCCCAGAAUACAUAAGGGAACUGUGGGUGAAGGAAAUCAAAUAGAAAAGAUCUGAAGAAACAAUAAAGCUAGGAGAAAAGAGUAUGUUUCCUUAAAGAAUUAAAUACCUAAUGUUGCAUCAUACUGUCCAGAAUAUAUAUCAAGACCUUUGAAUGGGGUCUCAGUGAUAGGUGAGUAAGUUUUAAAUACAUUGAUGGUUAUCUGAGUGAGACUUGAAGGAAUGUCAAAUAAAAGAAUUAGAGU